AUGGCAACCAAUGUGAGUCCGAAGGGGGAGAUCACUCGGUGCCAUGACUGAUAUGUGGCCUCUAGGUGGUCCGACCAUCUCUCGAAGAUAUUCAAUCCAUAGUUGAGAAGACCAGAGACUGGCCCCAUGCGCCCAAUCUCAUACCCCUCUGCAUUGAGACACCCUCGGAGUUCCUGACGCCUGCUUCGGUAUACCUCAAAGUCGCGUAAGACAUCUCACCGCCAGACUUGGAUCUUGCAGUCCACUAACCAUUUCCCAGUGCUGGAUCGAGACUGUCGUUUCUCUUCGAGUCCGCAUCCCCCUCACAGACCAUCGGACGAUAUAGCUUCGUGGGCGCCAACCCACGCAAGACGCUGCUCUCCGGUCCCAGGCAUGGCCUCGAAGCAGAUCCUCUCCCGCAACUUGACAGGGAGCUGUCCCAAUACCGCGUCGCCAACAUUCCGUCUCUCCGCCUGCCACCGUUGACUGCAGGAGCCAUUGGCUACGUGGGAUAUGACUGCGUCAAGUACUUUGAGCCCAAGACCAAGCGAGAGAUGAAAGAUGUGUUGGAGCUGCCGGAGAGCUUGUUCAUGCUCUACGAUACUGUGGUCGCUCUCGACCAUUUCUCGCAGAAGACGAUUGUCAUCACAUACCUGCAUGUGCCGGGAGAACAAGCCGGGAAAGAUGCGUUGCAGAGGGCGUACGAUGAUGGCAAGCAGAAGAUAGAGGAUUUGGUGCGCGUAUUAGAGAGUCAGGACCUGCCUCUGCCACCUCAAGGGCCGAUCAAGCUCGAGCAAGAGUAUGCGAGUAACAUCGGUCGGAAAGGAUACGAAGCGCAUGUGACGCGGCUGAAGAAGCACAUUGUCAAGGGAGACAUCAUCCAAGCUGUCCCAUCGCAGCGGAUUGCGCGCCCCACAAGUCUCCACCCUUUCAACAUCUACAGGCAUCUGCGCAAGGUCAACCCAUCGCCAUAUCUCUUCUAUCUGGAAUGCGAGGACUUCCAAAUUGUUGGAGCCAGCCCGGAAGUACUGGUAAAGGAGGAUGCCGGCAGAAUCAUCACUCACCCCAUUGCCGGAACCAUCAAGCGAGGCGCAUCACCAGAGGAGGACCAGAAGCUGGCCGACACUCUGCAUGCCAGUAUCAAGGAUCGAGCGGAGCAUGUCAUGCUGGUCGAUCUGGCUCGAAACGACGUGAAUCGCGUUUGCGAUCCACUCUCCACUCGUGUGGACAAGCUCAUGAUUGUGCAGAAGUUCAGCCACGUGCAGCAUCUGGUGUCCGAAGUGUCGGGCGUGCUGCGGCCUGGCAAGACUCGCUUCGACGCCUUCCGUUCAAUCUUCCCCGCCGGCACUGUAUCUGGCGCGCCCAAGGUGAAGGCUAUGGAAUUGAUCGCUGAGCUUGAGGGCGAAAAGCGAGGCAUCUACGCUGGCGCUGUUGGGUACUUUGGAUACAACAGCAUCGACCCUUCGAAUGGGCAGGAAGGCGAAGGUGCAAUGGAUUUGUGUAUCGCGUUGCGGACCAUGUUGACCAAAGACGGGGUGGCGUACAUUCAAGCUGGAGGCGGAAUUGUGUUUGACAGUGACGAGGGAGAAGAGUACGAGGAGACGAUCAACAAAUCCUUGGGAAGCAUGAGGUGCAUCGAGCAAGCGGAGAGGUACCACUGGGAGAAGCAACAAGGGACAACCUCCGUACAGGGCAGUGUCAACGGUGUUGCCAGUGAGGCGGCGGAUGCACAGCCGGCGAAGGUGCAUCUUGCCGGCGGAUAG